CCGCCGUCCUCGCUGCCUUCGUCAUUCUUGUGCUUGGUGCCCCGCACUCAGGGUCACGCUAACGAAGUCCCUCCCCUACCCUACUGUCUGUUGCAUUAAAUGCCGCAAAUAGCAUGAAACUGAAUGCCACCCCCGUCUUCGUUGUCCUCCUCGUUGUCCUCCUCGUUGUCCUCCUCGUUGUCCUCCUCGUUGUCCUCCUCGUUGCCGUCCUCAGGGCCACCCUCCACGCCUCCCUCACCGCGAUCCUCAGCGCCGUGCUCGUUACGGUUCCUACCGCCCGCGUCGUCGUCCUACUCAUGGCUAAGUCGUCGCGAUCCUCACAGGCUCAACGAGCGGGGGUUUCUGUGGCUGAGGAUACAGCAAUAUUCGGCCUGAAUGACACCCUCAGUACACAUCAGCAGAGGCUUCAAGCCGCCACGGCUUUUGCUACUCUUCGAGGGAGCAUAGAGCGAAACAAAACACUUUUAAGUACUCUUACUAAGCGUAAUGCUCAAAGAAGGCGACGCGAUUACUUCGAGACUAAUGCCAAAGAGCUCGUGCAAGGCGGCGAUGUGAGCCGGAUUUUGUCGCCUCUUGUCGAACUUUGCUCCUCUCGCCCAGAAAGGCCUAUUGACUGGCUUCUUUUGGCUUUGUUUUCCUUGACAGAGACGUGUGUCACAAAUAUCAAGGAACAAAGCCUAUUUGACGUCUUCGUCGAGUUAUUUCCCCGCGCUAUAGGGGAGUGUUCGAUUUUUCGAGAAACAAGGGAGAUGUUUAUCGAUGUCCUUCGAGAAAUUUGUCGCCAAAAUACCUCAGGUAUCACUCAAAUGGUGGCAGAUCUAUUACCGCCGGAACCAAGCAACAAGAAGCGACGGUUUGCGAAUGCAAUCAGUCAUUCGGAUCCGUUGGUUCUUAAACCGGAGAGUUUGGUAUGCCCGGUAAUUACACGCGAGGACACCGCUCCGAACUUGAACCCUGACAGGGGAGCAGUUUUCCAAUUUGUGGCGGCGCGGGGCGACAAGCUUGAAGGUGUUCUGCCUUGCACUUCUCCUUUCCUGCAAGGCAUACACACCGGCCGUCAAUGGUGUUGGGAGAGGCAAAAGGACGCGGAAUCUCUAUCCUCGGAUGAAAUGCGGACGGGUGCUAUUUGUGCCAUGAUUCCCGACAACGAUCAAGCAGACAUCUCCUUUGUUCUGACAGUAGGCUACAAGGCAGGGUGGGAUAUCGUGCAGUAUUUAGAAUUUCGAUCUUCAGAGAUGGAAAGAUAGUUGUCAACGCUGGAAUUGCACACUCGCGUUGUAGGUUCUGACUCUGUAACCUUUCAAAACAGAGAUUCCGUCGGGACCCGUAUUCUUCCCGUACCAAAAAGCCUUGCUUUCGUCCUCUUUGAAGAUCAUGAUCAUCAUCCCUUCUGCAAUGACCUUUUUCUGAUCGUCGACCGUGAACUCAUGGUGUGCUGGUAAAUAUUCAUUUUCCCCUUCCAAGGCUUUGCUUCC